ACACUUGUGGGGGAGAGAGGGCUGGCAUUGAGUGGCGGACAGAAGGCUAGGCUGAGUCUGGCCCGGGCUCUGUACCACUCGGCAGACAUCUACCUCUUGGACGACCCUUUGAGUGCUGUCGACACACGUGUGGCCAAACAUAUCUAUCAAAAAUGUUGUGUUGAGUACUUGAAAGACAAGGUGACUAUUUUAGUGACCCAUAGCAUCCAGUUUCUCAAAGACGCGCAUCAAAUACUUGUGCUCAACGACGGCGAGUGUGUGGCCAUCGGGUCCUACACUCAGCUCAAAGAGGGCGGCAUUGAUCUCAUGGCAUAUCAGAGACAAACUGAUGGACCAAUUAAUCGCAGAGCUGUGAAGAGGAGGACAUCUGUCACACCAUCGAUGGUCUCAUCUCUUAGUGAGGGAUCAGAUGUGACGGACUUUAGGGAAGCGGAAGAAGUGUACGAACAGGAAGUGAAGGCCGAACUCAAACUAAUUGGUUCCGUUGAGUCGAGUGUUUAUUUGUCGUAUAUUAAGGCCGGCGCCGGACCUCUGCUCGUAAUUCUUACCAUUUUGUUUUUGAUCGCUUCCCAAGUCCUUUAUCAGGGAAGUGUUUACUGGUUAAGCUUAUGGACUAAUGAAAUGCGCAAAACGCCUGAUAAAGUGGAUCAAACAUUUAACAUAAUUAUCUACACGAGUCUAACCUGUGGUCUGUUUGUGUCGGCCCUGUUGUCCAUUAUUUGCUUCUACAUAAUGUGUAUGAGAUCUUCGGUUAAUCUCUAUAACAAAAUAUUUUGUGCGUUAUUGCGAUCACCGAUACAUCUGUUUGAGAGUUCACCCAUUGGACGAAUACUAAACAGAUUUUCAAAAGACACGGGAAUUGUGGACGAAUUGUUACCAUCGGUUGCCUUUGACUUCAUUAUUGUAAAUUAAUUUAAAA